UGAAAACUACAUGGCUGUGACUUUACGGACAGAAAAUUCCUUUUUAGAUCUCUACUAAUGAUAACCGCCCGAUUGCGAGCUACAGGGAUAUGGGCGUCCAGCCGGUUACAACGGUGCAGCUGCUCCUGCUGUUGUCGCUGCUGUCGGCUGUCAGUGUCGCUGGCCAGAACAACGCCACGAUCGACAAGAACGGAACUAUCAAAUGGCCUCACCUGCCGGCUGGAAAACCUUACGUGACGGAGGGGACAACUGUCAGCUCGGGCGGACUGGACACAUUUUACGACCUGUCUCGUAGUGUUAUUGCGUCAUCACUGCCAGAGACACCCCCUCUAGAUACUGUUAAAGGUAUUAUUGAUGGUAAACUUAGCAUCGGCAAUGAAUUGCAAAACCUGGUAAAGUCAUCCGUGGGAUUUGCAGUAUGCCUCGCAAUUGGACUUCUCUUCUUCAUAAUUUUUCCUCUGGUUGGACUCUGCUUCUGUUGUUGUCGCUGCUGCGGCAACUGUGGAGGGAAAAUGCUGCAAAGAGAACACCCAAAAGCUACGUGUCGGAAAAGAGCGUUCAUGGGCAUACUGCUGGUAUUAAUCGUAUUUCAAGGAGCCGGUAUUAUCUGUACGUACGUUAGCAACAACCAUCUUUCCGGGACCCUCAGUUCAAUGCAGAAAAUCACCAACAACGCUGUGAGCGACAUCUUGAACUUCAUAGAUAACGUCGACCAGCAGUUUAAACAGAUCCUCAUCAACAAUGUGAACUUUGUGAAGAAACUAUUGAAAGCUGAUACAGACGAAAAACGGAUAUCAUCACUAAUCACCAAGCCAUUAGUUCGCAAUUUAAGCAGAGACAUCAAUUUUGAUGGAAUUCUAACUAACAUCAAGAAAGAUGUGGACAACGCGAUGCGCAUUGUAUCUGAUAUGGACACAUCUUUGAGAACGUUAAAGUCAGAGACAGCAACCAUUGCAGGAAUACCCUCGCAGCUCAAGAAUGUCGAGACGGCCGUCAAGAGUCUGAAGAGUAAACUGAACGUGAAGCUCAAUAAUGGCACGCAGAACAUGUUAAAGAACGAAAUACAGAAAGGCGUGACUAAUGCUGUAAAAAAUAUGAAUGUACAGGCACAAGUUGACGAAAUGACAAAAAAGCAUAUUGAUAAGAUCCAAGAAGACAUACGCAAAGCCAUAAGAAAGGUAAAAUCAAGGAUAGAGGAUCUGGACAUUGAGACGACUGUAGCGGACAACGUCAAACUCAUUUCACAAUAUGAUAAGUACAGGAACUAUGGUGGAAUUAGUAUAGCGUCGAUUCUUCUUCUUGUGGUACUACUCCAAGGGUUUGGGCUGAUGUGUGGACUUUUCUGUUCUAACUCGAACGUAAAUCAGACAGAACGAGGGUGUAUGUCGAAUGCCGGUGGGAAUAUGCUUAUGGCGUCUGUGGGAUUCCUCUUUAUUUUUGGAGGUAUCAUAAUGCUCGUUACAACAGUGCUAUAUUUGGCUGGAAGUAUCGCAGAGAGGUAUAUGUGUCAAUCAAUCAAGAAUCCCAGCAGGAUCGACAAGUAUGUAAAUACGUUCAUAGACACAGACCAUGGAAACAUCGAGUUUGACAUUCAAGGAAAAACAUUGAAGUUUUCUGUAUCAGGAGUACUGAGGUCGUGCAAAGAAGGAAAGACAUUAUAUGACGCUGUGCAGCUGGGAAACGUUAUCGAUAGACGCGACAUGUUGAACAAAGUCAAGUUUUACAAGGACAAAAUGAUUCCAUCUGAUUUUGACAAACAUUUGAAUCUGAAGAAUCUGAACUUGACUGAUAAAGUUGGGAAACUGAAACGACAAAUAACAUCAACUGAAGGAUCCAGUAAACAGCUGGAUGAUGUCAGGAAAAAGCUACAGACUUUAAGACUGCUGUUAACAAAACAACAUCCAGAAGGGAUCACCAACGUGAAUAAAAUUGAAGCUUCUAUUAAAGAACUCCAACCAUUCAUCAGUAAAUUACCGAAAGGACUGAAUGACCUGACCGCGAAAUUAACAAAGCUGGACACAGAUUUGCCCAAAAAGGCAGGGAAAUACAUCAAGGCAUCUGUUGAUUUGUUUACCAGGCACAUCUUUGAAAUCUUCGAAUCGUUUAUUAAUGACACCAUGCAUCACCUGCAUACUGACCUGGGUAACUGUCGACCAAUCUGGUCUGUGUACAAUGUCCUGGCCCUGGAAACAGUGUGUCACGGAAUCGUGGAUCCUCUGAAUGGCUUCUGGUUGGCUCUAGGUUGGACGAUUUUCUUUGGUUUACCAUCUUUGGUAUUCUCCGUGAAACUUGCAAAGCACUUGAGACGGAUGAAAUAUGUGGACGAGUUUACUACUACGAGACCUGGAGAAAGGUCGAUGUCUGUCAAUUCUUCUAAGGUAAAACCAUUUGCCAACAAAGUAGAACAUCAAGAUUUACAAGGCAGCAUCUUACCCUAAUUGCAGGGACCAGAGACGCACAAGGCGUGAUUUGUUAUAUUCGAGAAACCAUCCGUACAAAUGACUUAACUCAUUUAACUCCAUCUAAAACAGAUACUUCUGUUUGAUGUGUGCAUUUUUAUAUUUCAUGCUAGACGUUUCAAUAUAUUAUAUGUUUGUUAUCUCUGCCAUAUUUUAUUUUGUAAUUUCCAUUUAUGAAGAUAUGAUUUGUAAAUAAAGUGUUAUUUUUUUAA